UGUGGCAGCCGUCAGUGUCGGUGUUGUGGCAGCAGAGUCAGUGUGCGUACGUCCCCAGCUCGGUCACAACGUGAUUUAGCGCUCUUCCGCAGCCAGACUUGUCCCUCAGACGUCUCUGGUCGCCUCGUUCGACCUGACAACGCUGAAGCGCGCCGCAAGUCUGAAGUAAACUUUCGACCGACGACGGCCUUCUGUGAAAUUGUGUCAAUUUCACUGUUAGGUCCGCACCUGGUCCGCACAACUAGACAGUUGUUGCUAAAGUCACGUCCAUUGCGAUUUAAGAAACUCUCCAAAACUUUCACAACAAGCCGUGGACAUUGUGAGGAUCCGUUUUGACAACUCUGGAGUCGUCACAGCGCGCCUGGACAAGGGGAUUCCAAGAUUUCGCAAUGACUUCGAUGCGCCCGCAACCGGACCUCAUGGACAACAUGCAACAAUACGCGAGUGUCGAUAGCAUGGCGAUGUAUUCCCGUAACAUCCAGGCUCCACAGCACAGCGGCUACCCGCUAGAAUAUCCACAGACGUCCUACUCCUCUCACUGGUUUAACGGACUCACAAAUCCAUACCUGAAUAUUUCUUCCAACGCGGGGUACGGCAUGCCGAGUUCCUACACGCCUCCGCCACCGCCGCAGAGGAACUACCUCACGCCGCCUGGCUUUGGUAGCUCCGACUUGAGUUGGAUCUCUCUGCCGUCUCAACAGGAGCUCUUCAAACUCGUCAGGCCUCCCUACUCCUACUCCGCUCUCAUUGCCAUGGCCAUACAGGCCGCCCCGGAGAAGAAGCUCACCCUGUCCGGCAUCUACCAGUACGUGGCCGACAACUUCCCAUUUUACAAGAAGAGCAAGGCCGGCUGGCAGAACUCUAUCCGCCACAACCUUUCACUGAACGACUGCUUCAAGAAAGUGCCAAGGGACGAGGACGAUCCAGGCAAGGGCAAUUACUGGACCCUCGACCCUAACUGUGAGAAGAUGUUCGACAACGGCAACUUCAGGAGAAAGAGGAAGAGGAGGGACCAGUCCGGCGGCGCCGGAGGGCAGCAGAACCGGCCGCCGGGUGUCCCCAACCCUGCCUCCAAACCAGCGGGCACGCUCGAGAACGACCCGGUCCCCAGUGCCGCCGCCGCGGCACAACAGGUGCUCACGCCCAAGCAGCCCUCCAUCGCCAGCGACGUUCUGGCUCCAGCCGACGUGCCUCCAUCAGCGGGGCAGACCCACACUUCCCUCGGCAUGAUGAGCGACAUGAGCCGACAGCACCACCCGCCCAGCUGCGGUGCCCCCAUGCACGGACCUCCCUCGACCCACAACCAGACCCUGUCGGGACACCACGACGUCUACUCCGGGCAACACUCGCACCACACGUCGGUGACGAAUCCCUUCAUUAUUGUAUAGAAGUUCCCAUGUGGUUAGAUUUGGCAAACACGCCGCCCAUGAAUAAAGAAAGCUUGUUGUGGCUCA